GCCUCUCUCCAGGACGGCGGCGAAGGUGGGAGAGGAGGGGCCGCCGCCGUCGCUCGGCCUCCCGUCCCUGCCUGGGCGUCCCCACCCGCGCGUCUCGCCCUCCCACACGUCCUUCCUGAGCAAAGCCCGCCUGGGAAGGCGACGGGGCCUGGCGGGCAGCCAGUGAAAUGGCGGCCGGGACGAGCUGAAGGGGGAGGGCGAGCGCAGAGCCCAGCUUCGCCUCGCUGCGCCCCCCGCGCGUUCGCGGGCGUCUCUCGCCAUGAGGCUGCUCCGGGCGCUGCUGAGAAGCGCCUCGCCGGUCUCUAUCCCGCAGCAGGUGGAUUUCUACUGCCGCUUCUCCCCUUCCCCGCUGUCCAUGAAACAGUUCCUCGACUUCGGAUCUGACAAUGCUUGUGAGAAAACUUCAUUUAUGUUUCUGCGACAAGAGUUGCCAGUAAGAUUGGCAAACAUAAUGAAAGAAAUAAGUCUGCUUCCAGACAACCUUCUCAAAACCCCUUCCGUCCAGCUUGUCCAGAGUUGGUAUGUCCAAAGUCUUCAGGAGAUCCUCGAUUUUAAAGACAAAAGUCCUGAAGAUUUGGAAGCUAUUUCUUGUUUUACAGAUACAGUGAUAACAAUCCGGAAUCGUCACAACGAUGUUAUUCCUACCAUGGCUCAGGGUGUGAUAGAAUAUAAGGAUAACUAUGGUGUUGAUCCAGUGACCAGUCAAAAUGUACAGUAUUUUUUAGAUCGUUUCUUCAUGAGUCGCAUUUCAAUCAGAAUGCUUCUUAAUCAGCACACUUUGUUGUUCGGGGGAAAAGUAAAAGUUAAUCCGGCUCAUCCAAAACAUAUUGGAAGUAUUGAUCCUAAAUGCAGUGUUGUUGAUGUUAUAAAAGAUGGCUAUGAAAAUGCAAAGCAUCUCUGUGACUUGUAUUACAUGAGCUGUCCAGAACUUGUACUUGAUGAGCAGAAUGUAAAAUCACCAGGGCAGCCCAUGCAGGUGGUGUAUGUGCCAUCACAUCUCUACUACAUGGUUUUUGAACUUUUCAAGAAUGCAAUGAGGGCUACCAUGGAGCACCAUGCUGAUCGAGGUGUUUACCCGCCCAUUCACGUGCACAUCUCGUUAGGCAAUGAGGACUUAACUGUGAAGAUGUGUGACCGUGGCGGUGGUGUUCCUCUGAGGAAGAUCGACCGCCUGUUUAACUACAUGUAUUCAACGGCACCCCGUCCUCGUGUCGAGACGUCACGAGCAACACCACUGGCUGGAUUUGGUUAUGGCUUGCCAAUAUCACGCCUCUAUGCUCAGUACUUCCAAGGAGAUCUGAAGCUCUAUUCUCUAGAGGGUUAUGGGACAGAUGCGGUUAUCUUCAUAAAGGCUUUAUCAACGGAAUCUGUUGAAAGGCUGCCUGUGUAUAACAAAUCCGCUUGGAGACAUUACACAGCGAAUCAUGAAGCCGAUGACUGGUGUGUCCCAAGUAGCGAACCGAAGGACAUGACAACAUUCCGCAGUACAUAGCAGGAUGGGACAGACUUGCUAAGCUGUAGAAGGCCCAGAGCAUGCCAGAUCAUGUCGGCUGGUUUGCGUUCUGGCUUGGUCCAGCACUACUUUUGUAUAGGGGAGCAUACAUUUCAUGAAACAGAAGCUAAAAACCACGUGUCUUUCUCUAGUGUAUUGUGCAGUGUUCAUUUUUAAAAGUGAAUAUUCUGCUUUGCCUCAGCAGCUGGGUAUGGUGUACACAUUCUAGAUUUGAUAUAAAGAGACCAAUGCACAGCUUGUUCAAGUAUUGUAUUAUUUAAAUAUCAAGCAACGAAUGAAACAUUCAUGGGAUGUACUAUAUCUUUAUAAAUCUCUGGGAAUCAAUCCAUUGUGCUAGCACAGCACUUUCUUCUCAUGGACUCCAAAAGUGCUUUACAAUGUGAGAGAUACUAGGUAAACAGAUCAUCAUGUUUUGUUUAAAUAUUUCUUGGAAUCAACAGUUCAUUAUUUCUGUUAAUUGCUCCAAGCAAUCAGCUAUGUACCUUUAAAUUUUGCACAUAGUUCAACUAAAUUUAAAAGCAGUUGGGUUUGGUUUAUUUUAACGGAAAAUUAAGCACAUACCACUAAAAUGAAUGGCACUUGAAAAUACUGAACUUUGGCUGGAUCAUGUUUUCCUACCCUGGGAAAUUUUAAUUAAGAUCUUUAACUUGCAGUACUGUGUAAAAGUGUUAUUAAUAAGCAGAUUAAGCUGAGGUAAUUUAAUUUUUAAAACAGUAUUUGCCUCAGUUUAAAAUUGUCAGACAUUUUGUAUUUAGACAUUUGUCAGUAGCUACAAAUGAAAAAAAUUCUAAGCACCAAGAGCCACUGAUUUCAAAUAGAGAGGUUACGCAGGUCUUCAUCAGUCCAAAUCUAUACAUUCAGAAGCAGCUCCUAUUUAUUAGGGACUGUUCCCAGGAUAAGUAGGCAUGCGUUUGCAAAUUUACUCUCCUGUAGAAAUCAACUUUUGACUGACUAUUGCUACUAUGUUUUAGGCAUAUCAGUGAUACUAUCAUUAAUACUUCACUAGCUCCAAAAUACAGCAGGCCUUUGGUUGUUAAAGCAGUUUGGUCACUAUGCACGCUGCUUUUUUGACAUCUGAUUGCUGUGGAUUUCUUGCUUCGCAUGAGAUGGGCUCACUUGCUUAGAAAUUGGAGCAUUAGUAGCAUUUUGCUACUCCACAUUCUGUUCAAAGUUCUAGCCUUCUCUAUGUAUUUAACUGCUUAUUGUCUCCCCACCUCCUUCCUUACAGAUUUGACUAAUAACCCAGGUGAACUAAGGUCAUAGCCUUAAACCACUUCCAUUUGACUGCAGUUGAAUUCUGGUAUAUUUGGAAAUCAGUUAUUUCACAAUUUUAGAGCACAUUCCCAUCUGCCUACUCAGAAGUAUGUUCUACUGUGUUAAAAUGAAAUUAAUCCAAGGAAAAUGGAUAAAGGAGUGUAGCCUUAGACUAUAAUCUUAAAAAUGCUUAGUGGGGAGUAUGCCCUAUUGAACUCAGUGAAACAAGUGCUCUGUCAGUGAACUGAAUUCUAGAAACCAAAAGAAAAAUUGCAACUCACUGAAGGGCUAGCUAAUAAAUUACGCAUUCAUCCUGAAGAAGUUAUUCAACAGGUGGUCCAGUUUAGUCAUUACUGGAACACAUACAGCUUGCAAUUCUUGCUACAAGCCCAGACUUUUUAAUUUGGCUGAGGUAUGUUUGUUACUAGCAAACAUUCUUUGCUUCAUGAAUUAUACAAACUUAGGCCUGUGUGACUAUUUCUUGCUACUAUACUUAAUAUUCAUUGUAUGUAACAUUCAGUGCUAAAUCUUGGUGUAUCACUUCCAGUGGAAAUAGGCAAAUUCCAGUCAGUCUGAUCAUAGGAUACUUCAUGAGCUAUGAUCUUUAACACUAUGGCUUGUUGUGGAUUGAACUACCCCAAAUUAAUCUUUAAUUAGUUCUUAGGGUAACUUUAGGUUGUAAAUUUACAAACCAGCCAUGGCUUCAGGUUCCCAUGUCAUGGAGCAUUCUACAAUUGCACAAAUCGGAGGUUUUAUUUUCAAAGUAGCCGUGUCCUGCACUACUGCUUUGUAAAUUAGGUCACAAGAAAGAUGGAGGGAUCCCUACAAUGUUCCCCCUUUCAUUUUAGACUCUCUGCUGUCCACAGAUUGUUUCUAUCUUUAAUUUACAUGCAUGAGUUCAAUUAUUUAAUUUCUGCCCAUAAUCCUCUGUUAACAUGCAUUUUCUGGCAUUAAGGUAGUUUUAGGCAGUUAGCACAAACUAGGCAGAAGCCAGUGAGGCAGAGAAAUAUAGAGCAGUUCAGACCUUUUAACACCCAGGGUCACAGUGUGUGUCUGCUGGGGUGGCAGGGAGCCCACACGUGCACACAUUCAUAUGCAAUUCAUAUAUACCACUCACCCUCACUAAUGUAUAUGCUCUAGUAUUAAAUUUUCUAAAGAUGGGGCUGCAUAACUUGUACUGCAUUCUUUGAUUGGGUGGGAGUAAUUUGUCUGGCUGAACUCUCUCUACACACCUUUAUACGCACACUUAAUUGCUUAUAGCGUCAACAUUUCCUCUUGUCACCACUAAAACAGGAAAGUUUCAGGAACUGACUCAGUGGUUCUUGUGGAAAAUCAUCCUGGAUACCCUUUUCAAGAACCAUAGCACUCCUCCUCAGAGAGUUUCCCUUUUGUGGGGAGGAGUGGUAGCUGCAGAUGCUGGGCAUCCCAUUGGCUGCCAAACGAGGGUGGGUGUACUUCUUGCAUCAUGAAUUUAUGGCCAUAAUUCUAACUACAUUUUACUCAGGGAAAAAUACCUUCUGACAAUAAUGGUUGCAUUAAAUGUGUUUUGAGUGGUGGGCAAAACCAGACUUACAUUUUUUGGAGGAAUCCAUUUUAUUGUAGCAGGAGAUCCCCCAGCUGUUCCCAAUCAAGAACAAAGAUUGGACAAUAAAAUGUGCUCUAAAGAUUAAAGAUUUCUCUUAAUACAGCCAAUAGCAGCCCAGUAAAGCAACUGUAAGGCCCUCACCAAGCCUACAGAACUUUGUUAUUUGGACCAAUCUUGUUUGGAAGCAAACAUUUUUAUUACAUGAAUGGUGAGUCAAGAACAUUAGGAGAUGCAAUACUAUAAAAAUAGUAACAUGUAGCAUGCGUUUACCAUUCAAGAAAGUUUGACAGAAUGAGAGUGAAGAAGGGACAGACUGGAAUUUCCCAGAGUGAAAUUUUAAUUCCAGAAGCACACAUUUAAAGCUCUGGCCUUGUUCUAGAGCAGAAACUGCAGAUAGUCUGUCUAUCAGACCGGACUGCAUCAGCAGAUACUCACGUAUCCAACACAAUUUGCAUGCCGUAACACUGGCUAUGCAUGCAAUUGUUCUAGCUGUAUUGGGGUGAUAACGAGCAUCUUCAAACAUUUAACUACUGAAAGGUUAAUUUCCUACCAGUUGUUUUUUCUCUUAAGUGUUCAAUCAUUGGUAUUCACUUGCCAUCAUUUUCAAGUAUGAUUCUCUAUAAUACAGUAUUUAAAUACUGUACUCUAAUACAGUAUUUCAGAAAAAUAUAAUGCACCUUUAUAGAGAUGGUACACCUGCUGCUGAUAGUAGAGCCAGGCUUAAAAUGAUUGUAGCUCAAACAAAAGAAAAUAACUCACACCAGACAUUUUGUAUUUACUAGAAAUUUAAUCUUAUACUGUGAAAAUAAUUUUGGCUUGCAAGAAAAUAGCUUAUGGUGAUUUUUGUAAAAAAUAAAGCAUUUUUAAAAGAGA